CUCAGUGCAGAGCUUGUUUCCUGGUUUAAGUCUAUAAUGGACACAGACAACAAAACUCUACUCCAGGACUUUCUCUUGCUGGGCUUCCCUGGGUCACAGGCCCUUCAGCACUCUCUCUUCACGUUCUUCCUGGUGAUGUAUAUCCUCACAGUGGGGGGAAAUGCAGCUAUCUUGAUGUUGGUGAGCACUUCGCACAGGUUGCAUACGCCCAUGUACUUCUUUCUGAGCAACCUCUCUUUCCUAGAGAUUUGGUAUACCACAGCUGCUGUCCCCAAAGCGUUGGCCAUCCUCCUGGGGAGAAGUCAGACCAUAUCAUUUACGAGCUGUCUUGUGCAGAUGUACCUAGUUUUCUCCUUAGGCUGCACAGAGUACUUCCUCCUAGCAGCCAUGGCUUAUGACCGCUACCUGGCCAUCUGCUAUCCUCUGCACUAUGGGGCCAUUAUGAGCAGCCCGCUCUCUGUGCAGCUGGCCCUGGGCUCCUGGGUCUGCGGUUUCCUGGCCAUUGCAGUGCCCACGGUCCUCAUCAGCAGCCUGUCCUUCUGCGGGCCCCAUGCCAUCAAUCACUUCUUCUGUGACAUUGCACCCUGGAUUGCCCUGGCUUGCACCAGCACACAAGCAGUAGAGCUUGUGGCCUUUGUGAUUGCCUUUGUGGUCAUACUGAGUUCAUGCCUCACCACCCUGGUCUCCUACGUUUACAUCAUCAGCACCAUCCUCAGGAUCCCAUCCGCCAGCGGACGCAGCAAAGCAUUCUCCACGUGCUCCUCCCAUCUUACUGUGGUGCUCAUCUGGUACGGGUCCACGAUUUUCCUUCACGUCCGCACCUCCAUCAAAGACACCUUAAACCUGACCAAAGCUGUCCACGUGCUGAACACUGUGGUGACUCCAGUUCUAAACCCCUUCAUCUAUACGCUCCGUAACAAGGAUGUAAGGGAAGCUCUGCUGAAGAAGUGGAAGAGACAAUAAACUUCCUCCAACAC